UGUGAAUGGUAGCCGGAGAAAAAUAAUACGCAUAGUGAUAAAUAUAGGCCGGUUUUAUUCAAUAUGGUUCGUAAAUUGAAAUUUCACGAGCAGAAACUCUUAAAGAAAGUUGAUUUUAUUAACUGGGAGGUUGACAACAAUUUACACGAGGUUAAAAUAUUGAGGAGAUAUCGUAUUGAGAAGAGGGAAGAUUACACCAAAUACAACAAACUUAGUCGAAAUAUCAGAGAACUGGCACAGAAAAUACGGGACUUGGACGAAAAAGAUGGCUUCAGAGCUCAAAGUACAAGCACUUUCUUGGAAAAACUUUACAGUAUCGGUUUGAUUCCCACCAAACAGAAUCUCUCCCUUGCAAACGAAGUGUCUGCAUCUGCAUUCUGCAGGAGACGGCUUCCCACAAUCAUGCUGAAACUGCGUAUGGCUCCAAGCCUAAAGACGGCCACAACCUUCAUCGAGCAGGGCCAUAUUCGUGUUGGGCCUGAGAUUAUCACUGAUCCUGCGUUUCUUGUAACAAGGAGUAUGGAAGACUUCAUCACAUGGGUGGACUCAUCCAAGAUCAAACAACAUGUCAUGAACUACAAUGAGGAGCGGGAUGACUUUGACCUUGUGGUCUAAAUCUCCAACUAUAAAUCUGGAUUUCAAACAGAACUGCUGGGUAAUGCGUUGAGGAGAGCUGUUAUUUUGUGAUUCAUUAAAAAAACAAAUGUAUAUAUUUAUACCCUGUCAGACAUCAGUCACCAUUUAUGAUCUUUGAAACAUGUGAAUGAAUGCAUUUAAGUGUGACUAUUUUGCAUGAAUUAUUUGUAAACAAUAAACCAUUACAAUUC